AUGGACGAUGUCAAGAAGCAGCUUACUGGACUGGGCUUCAAUUUUUCGCCCAGUCUCGUGGAAAACGCGCCACCCACGAGCGAGUUCAUGGCCACCGUGAAGUCAUUGAUCGAAGAGCUGCACAAAUACAACAAAUGCUUUGAGCCUAUCUCCCAAAGUGCGCAAAACGCUGAGGACUUUGCAGCAGAUGUUUCGUCGGUUUUACGCGAGCUUGAGUGUCCUUACGACGGGAUCUAUUCUGGGCCGUAUGAACAGCGCUUUGUCGAGACAAAGAACAAAGUUUGUUUGCUAACGUAUCUCGCCUCAGAAAUCCAGGCCGAGAAAAUUUAUGGACAGACGAAAAUGGACGUAUCAGACAAUGGUGUGCUUGACCAUGCUGGCAAAGAAGGCUAUCAGCAGAUGAAGGGGCUAAUCAAGAUGUUAAAGAUGCAGAAACCGCCGAAAACAAUCACCAGUCAGCAGUUAUUCACGGGUAUUAACAAAAAGAUCGACACGAUCCUGAAGGGGCGACUGGUUUCAGAUGUUAUCGGUAAGGAGAUGAUCACUCAAGAAUUGACGCCCAUGCAUUUUAUUCGUCUCAAGCAACUGAACAGUUUGCUUGUCAAAGAGUAUGGCAACAGACGUGAAAUGCUCCUCACUCGGCUCCGCGUCACUUUGCAAUCCUUCAUCUGGGCUGGUCGAGGAAAAGAAAAGAAGGAAGAUGUUUUAGCAUUAUCAAAUCAACUGCUAUCAAAUAUGUCGAAAAAGCCGACUAUUACAGUCGGACAAUGUUUGGCGGCGAAAGAGACCAUUCUUGUUUCGACAAAGACGUCCUCUGGAGAUACUAGAAUAAACGCAGAUAUCAACAAGCAUCGGAUGCUUGGAAAAAUCGCCGACAGAGGAGGCCGUGUUACGGAAAUGGCCCCAGUUGAAAAUGAGACUUUUGCGCAACAGGAAGCAAAAAGAAACAUGCCUAAAUGGUCAUCUAGACAAGCCCCACCACCUGGUUCAGAUCGCCGUGGAGGAGGAAGAGGUGGAAAUCGCGGAGGUGGGCACAGAGGAAGCAAUAGAGGAGGAUACAAUGGUUCUAGUUAUAAUGACCCGCGUCCACAAUACGUUUCUGAGGAUAAAAGUGGAGGUCGGUCGUUCGCUGGGCGCGAGUAUUACAAUAGCGGCGGACGUGGUGGCCGUGGAGGUCAUCGAGGAGGAUUCCGAAGGGGCAAUUUUUCUAGCUAG